AUGAUGGAGCUGUGGACCUCAUCUCUGUUGCUAAGCAACGUGAAUGGCAGGAACACCAUGUCAUCUCCAGAGAUAACGGCUGCCUCUGGCACAGGCGCAGCAGGGCUGAUAGCAGGUGACCCAGAGACAGACAGGAGCCACACCCACUUCCCCAGACUCAACUUGUUGUCCCAAGAGGAGCUGAGCUUCUUGGAGGAUUUGUCUGAGCGUGAUGUGUCUGGUGAGGUCGCCAAGCCAAACUCCUGGCCCUGGCAGGCCACUAUUCAGGUGUCUUACCCCCGUGGCUCCCCCUUCAAACACACCUGUGGGGGUGUGGUGCUCAACAGGAGGUGGAUCCUAACUGCUGCACACUGUGUGGAGACUGAUGACCUGCGGCGCAUUGUUCUCGGCGAGCACAACCUCACAGGCUAUGGCGGCCCGGAGAUGUACAAACGAGUGAAGCAGAUCUACCUCCACCCUGAGUGGAACUCCACCCGAGUGGCCAACGGGUUUGAUGUUGCGCUGGUGAGGCUGCUGUCAGACGCUGCCAUCAACAAGUAUGUCCAGCCUGCCACUCUCCCUAAACCUGAAGAGGAGCUACCAGACAAAACCAUGUGCUUCGUCACAGGCUGGGGGGUGACCAAGGCCUCUGGUGUGAUGUCCACACUGCUGAAGCAGGUCUCUGCGCCUCUGGUGGACUAUAAGAAGUGCAGCAGUGAAGACUAUUGGGGGCCAACAGUCAAGGACACUAUGGUCUGUGCUGGGGAAGGGGACAGCACCAACUGCCAGGGUGACUCUGGUGGCCCUCUGAACUGCAUGGUGAAUGGACAGACAGUGGUCUAUGGCAUCGCCAGCUUUGUCUCUGCUAAAGGCUGCAACCAGCCCAAGAGGCCUGCCGUCUUCACCCGUGUGUCCGCCUUCAGCGAGUGGAUCGAGACUACCAUGAAGAACAACUAG